CAUAAAUUAAUUGUAUUAAUUAAUUUCUCUUCUGCUUUGAUUUUAACAACGAAUUGUCUUGACUUUUAUUUUGGCUGCACGGUGCUGCUGAUCCCUUCACACACAUUGGCAACCGCUUAGCAACGCGUCGCGUAGGGUUCUUGUGGCGCUUUGGCGAUUAGGUGGAAAGGCGUCGUUCAGACCAUGAAGCAUCUUUGUAAGAUUUCUGGAGGAACCAGAAAACUUUGUCGUUGGUAGUUCACUCUAAAGCCAUCCUUAAAACACCAGGGAAAGAUGUUCUAAUGCAUUUGGUGUGACUGACAGACCGUCUGGGAGCCAGCGCUAUGUCGGUGAUCAGCAGCCUUGUCCCUGCACGUUUCCUCACACUUAUAGCGCACCUCGUCAUUGUCAUUACCAUUUUUUGGUCCAGGGAAAACAAUGUUAGGGCUAGUUUGCCCUUGCAGUUCACAGAAGAGGAGUAUAAUGAGGUGGACACUAGGUUGGUGAUAGCGCUGUCUGUCACACUUGGCCUGUUUUUUAUAGAACUGGCUGGAUUCUUCUCAGGGGUGUCCAUGUUUAACAGCAGCCAAGGUCUCCUUUCUACCGGCUGCCAUGCAAGUGCUUCAGUGUCCCUUCUCUUUUUCCUCUUUGAGCAGUGGACCUGUGACAUCUAUUGGUGGAUCUUUGCCUUCUGCAGCACUGGCAGGCCACUGCAGCGCAUCUAUCUGCCUGUCCUUCUUUGUGUUCCAGAAGUGGGAGUGCUGGACCUACUGGUUCAUUUUUGCCUUUUGCAGUGUGAUUCCAGCCCUUGUGGAGCUCAUCCUCUUCAUCGCUGUCUUUGGGUUAAAGAAGAAGCCCCUUUGACCUUCCGUGAUCUAAAAACAAACCGACAGCUGUGUCAUGAAGUUACGACAACCACACAGUAACAGUUUCCACAGUCAAUUAUUUAGUUUAUAACUGAACAUUCAUUGUGUGAUUUGUUUUGUAUUAUUUGUAUUGAUUCUUGGCCAUUUUGAUGUUUAAAUAAACACUUUUGUAUGAAAAGUCA